CGGCAAUCGAGCAAAGAGCUAACUGCCAGCAACAUGCCUGGGAUAGCGCCAGCCACUUUCACGGUAAUUGCCGGUGCAUCUGUCCAUAACCAGAGGAAGCAGCAGCAGCAGCAGCAGCAAAAGAAGAAGCAGCCAUCGCCCACGCCUGAACAGCAGCAGCAACAGCAGCAGUCCGGAUCGAAGACAAGCGUCUGCCUCAUUAGUUAGAUAGAGUGACUAUCUUAUCUGUUCUAAGGACUUAAGGCCCGAAAAUACAUUUCCUAUGACAUAAACAGCCGACUAUAAAUGGGCCGGGGCCAAGUGUUCCGCGUUUCAGUCGACCAACAGACCACAGCGAUAACGAGUCACGAAUAUGACCAGAACGACAACGACCCAAGAGACGAGAGUGGAGGAGACGAUCGAGAUCUCCUCCUCGAACAGAACAAUCGAAGAGACCAUCGACAUCACAACGACCGAGGCAUCGGUGGUCCCGAAGCAACGACACCACCAUCAGCAUCAUCAUCAUCAUCGCCACCAUCGCCAGGAGGAGAAUGUCGAGGUGGUGGAGGAGGUGGUUGUCCUAGAGGAGGGACCAAAGCAGCAAAGGCACAAGCACAAGAAGAGUUCGGGGGCAGCACCACCACCGCCCCUGCCACAGUCCUCGCCACCAUUCCUCACGCCCACAGAGGAUCUCGCCGAGGAUGUGGUGUUGGAGCCACAGCCCUACUGGAGUCCCCCUGGACUCCUAAAGACGCUGGAAACGGAACUGAUUGCGGAUCAAGCAUCGCCCACAACCACAGAGGAAUUUGCGGCUGUGGAAUGGUCUCCCGUCUCCAACCCCCCCGCAGAGGUCGUGCAGGAGGAGCUGACAGUGGAGUCCCAGGGAUAUGCGCCACCCAUUGGGGCGCCACCACAGCUGCAAGUGCAGACAACGGGUUUCCCACCAGCCGCGCAGUCGCCUCUGCUCUCCCCCAUCGAAGAGGUGGUGCAAACGGAGCUGAUUGUGGAGUCACAGGCGACAGAGCCUGCGGUAAAAAGAGGAUUCAUCUUCAUUCCCCGGGAAAGCCAGCAGCAAACGGAGCUGAUUGUGGAGUCAGAAAGCGUGGAGGCUCCCCAAAGGGAUUCCAUUCCACCGGAGGGCUUUGUGAAAACCCUUGUGGAGACGUUCGAGGUCGGAGCACCCGCGGAUCCGCCAAUUCAAAUGGGAUAUACUCCAAGGGCAAGUCUCUGGAAUAAAGAGCUGUUUGUGGAGACUGUGGACGUCUCGCCGAUUCCCUCGCCGCCGCCAAGUCCCCCCCUAGAUCCGUACGGGCUUUCCUCCAGCGAAGAUCUCGUGGAAACGGAGAUCAUUUCAGAGAGUGUGGAAGAACCACCCAGUCCCCCAGCACAAAUCCCAGCACCCCCCCAGCUUCUGCCGGGCUUCAUUCCCAAAGCGUGGAGGGAGCGUGUGGAGACCAUUGUGGAGGGUCUGGAGGUCGUCACACCACCUGCCAGUCCCAACCUCCAAGCGGAGCUAAUCUUCGAGUCCCUGGACGUAACACCCACGCCAACGCCACCACCCAGUCCUCCCAUUGAAGUGUCAUUGCAGACAGGAUUCAUGCCACGAUCAAGUCUAGUGGAAACGGAAUUGAUUGUGGAAUCCCUAGAGGUAACGCCCACGCCAACGCCACCACCGAGUCCUCCCAUUGGAGUGUCACUGCAAGCCGGAUUCAUGCCACGAUCCAGUCUAGUGGAAACCGAGUUGAUUGUGGAAUCCGUGGAGGCAACGCCCACGCCAUCGCCACCGCCCAGUCCCCCAGCCCAACCUGUUCAAAUGGAUUUCAAUAGGCCCCAAUCUGCAAUAGUGGAAACGGAAACUAUUGUGGAGACUGUGGAGAGUGUGGAGACACCCGCUCAACCAUCAUUACAAAUGGGACUCACUCCAAGGCAGAGUCUGGUCCAAGAGGAGCUGAUUUUUGAGUCAUUUGAAUCCUCCCCAGUGCCCACACCGCCACCGAGUCCGCCUGUGGUAGAGCCGGGGUUUAUGCCCCGAGCAAGUGUGGUCGAAACAGAGCUGAUUGUGGAGAGCCUAGAGGUCACGCCAACGCCCUCUCCGCCGGACAGUCCCAUCAGGGAAUUUCCGUUUCAGGCUAGAUUCAUUCCGCGCGCAAGUUUGGCGGAAACGGAGCUGAUUGUGGAGUCCCUGGAAGCCACACCCACGCCCACACCACCUGCCACUCCUCCUGCGCAGCUCCGAGUGAAGACGGGGAUGGUGCCACCCCCGAAUCUCCCACAAACGGAAGUGAUCAUUGAGUCUGUGGAGGUGACACCCACACCCACACCCCAGCCACCACUGAACAAUGGAUUUGUGCUCACGGAUCUCGUCCUGGACUCGCAGCAGCCAGCCCUCGAAGUCGUAGAAACAGAGAAGGAGAUCAUCAUGGAGUCUGGCCAGGCAGCCAAUGGCCAAACCGAACUGAUUUUGGUCGAGACCGAAGAGACACUGACUCCCGUGCAGCCUGCAUCCCAGGACCUCGUGCUGGUCGGCGUUGUGGCCGAGGAGAGCAGCGACAAAUUGGGCAAGCGGUACUCGGUGAAUGCGGUGCUGAAGGAGGAGCAGAUCUCACCCCCCACGCCGCCACCCAAGGUCGCACAGAGUGAGCAGAGGGACGCCGUGGACGAGGGCGAGGCUGAAAAGAAGAGGAGAUGCUGCCCCUGUCGUUGCGUCAUUGCCUGAUUGGGGGCGGAGGAGGCGCGCAGCCGGGGCUUCCCCCAAGGCUGUUGUCAAGUACAAGGCUCCGAAUCAGUCAGCCAGCCAGCCAGCCAGCAAAAGAUAUCAAAACCAAGACCAAGACAUAUCCAGAGUCUUAUAGAAACCACACAGAAGUUCUACUAUCGGCUAUCGGAUACGAUAUCUCCGUAUCUUAUCAGCCGAAACAGUGGCUGAAACAUUAAACCAAACAA